UUCGGGUCAGUUGGCACAGCUAGUGGUUUGUGUACAGAAUAGUGUACUCGCCAUCAAGAGCAAAUCUGUUUUGUAAUCCGUCUCCGCAUGCUAUAGUGUGUGUGGAUGCUUGCUAGUAAAUCUCUAUAAGGGAUGUGGCACAAAUUAUUUUUUUGAUCAUUCCCAGGCAACUUUUAGAACAAAGUCAUGGAGCUGCGUGUUGGAAAUAAAUACCGCCUUGGGCGGAAGAUCGGAAGUGGCUCUUUUGGGGACAUCUAUCUCGGUGCAAAUAUUACAUCAGGAGAGGAGGUUGCCAUCAAACUAGAAAGUGUGAAGACUAAACAUCCCCAGCUUCAUAUAGAGAGCAAAUUCUACAAGAUGAUGCAGGGAGGAGUGGGAAUUCCAUCCAUAAAGUGGUGUGGUGCUGAGGGUGACUACAAUGUGAUGGUGAUGGAGCUCUUGGGUCCAAGUCUGGAAGACCUCUUCAACUUCUGCUCAAGGAAAUUCAGCCUUAAGACUGUGCUGUUACUUGCAGACCAGAUGAUCAGCCGCAUCGAGUACAUCCACUCAAAGAACUUCAUUCACAGAGACAUCAAACCUGACAACUUUUUAAUGGGGCUUGGCAAAAAGGGCAACCUUGUCUACAUCAUAGACUUUGGCUUGGCCAAGAAGUACCGUGAUGCUCGAACGCAUCAGCACAUUCCCUACCGGGAGAAUAAAAACCUGACUGGCACCGCUCGCUAUGCCUCCAUUAACACACAUCUGGGCAUUGAGCAGUCUCGGCGGGAUGACCUGGAGUCUCUUGGCUAUGUGCUCAUGUACUUUAAUUUGGGCUCGCUGCCUUGGCAGGGUCUUAAAGCUGCCACGAAACGGCAGAAGUAUGAACGGAUUAGUGAGAAGAAGAUGUCAACCCCUAUUGAAGUGCUUUGCAAGGGCUAUCCAUCUGAAUUCUCCACAUACAUGAACUUCUGCCGCUCACUGCGAUUUGAUGACAAACCUGAUUACUCCUAUCUGAGACAACUGUUCAGAAAUCUGUUCCACAGACAGGGUUUCUCUUACGACUAUGUGUUUGACUGGAACAUGUUGAAAUUUGGAUCCAGUAGGACAGCAGAAGAGAAAGAGAAGGAGCAAAGAGGAGGAGAGGGGGAGGAAAGAGAUGAGAGGCCCGGUGGAGGACCUCAGGGCUCUGCUGCACGUGCACUGCCCUCUGGCCCAAACCUUCCAGCGCCUAACAGAGUCCGCAACGGUCCAGACCCAGCUGGCUCAGCACCUGGCCCACGGGUUCCACAGUCUGGGAAUGCAUCUCCCAGAGCAGGUCGAGGAGCUGAGCGAGAGAGGAGAGUGUGCCUGCGUCUCCAUCGGGGGGCUCCUGCCAAUGCGUCCCCUGAUCUCCCACUGCGUCAUGAUCAGAUCCGCAUCACCCCCCCACAGGUACACACACCUGGGCUGCUGUAUUUGUCUUUGCACUGCUGUGCACAUCUUAAGCUUUUUUUUUCUAGUUACUUCUCUUUCACUGUCUCUCAUAUGUUGCCGUAUAUUCUUUCUUCCUCAGGUCAGUGUGCCAUUUGAGCACAUGGGAAAAUGAGCUUGACAAGUUCUGUUAUUUAUUAUUUUUCAGGAGGUAAUUAUUUUUUUACUAUUACAUUUGCACUGUAAACUAAAGAAGAGUUUUCAGUUUACUUAAAAUGUACUGUUAUGUCUUUAAUUCAAUAGGAUUUCAACAAACAACUCCCCUAAGGCAUUUGUAUUCAUCUUUCUAUAUAAGUCAGUUGUGCAGAGAAACAGAAGUUGGGGAGAAGGUCAGUAAACACCCUGCUGCAUUGGACAAAAGGGUCACAACACGACUCCUCUGAAGUGCUGAAGUUUCCUGGGUAUUUAGACGACGAGGCACAAUUGAUGAAGAGGCGUGAUUCAACUACGGACAUUUGGAUCACACGUUUCAGACAUAAUUAAUGGAAAUAAGGACUUUUGCCCACAACUUGACUGUUGUUCCUGUUGGUCCGACAUACAGAUAUUGGGAAACAUGGAAUAACUUCUUAGAUUGUAAUGUUAAAAUUGAUUGUUUAUUAAGUGUGAGUCCAAAUAAAUGUAUCGCUUGCACACUCACUUUAACUGCAAACAAAGGUGUUAUAUGUUGUCAUACAUGCCGAUGUAUUUGGUAUAGUGAAAAACAUCUCUUUUUUUUAUGUUUGAACAUAUAUCAACAUUGAUAUCAAAUUUUAAUGUUUGCUAAAUUAGAAGAAAAUUGGACUAAUUGCAAAAUGAGACACUAAAGAAAUUUUCUGUACUUGCAUAGCAUGGACAACACUGAAAUUGACCUAGAUGUGAUCCAGGCCAGAAGUUUCUGUCAGCCAAGCUAAAAUCUUAAUAACGACUCAAGCAUUACUGCUGGUCUAUGUAUGUCAAUUCCAUAGAAUCCCAUGGCAUAUAUAACAAGAUUUAAUCUAGAGAAUUCUGUACUGGCAUGUUUAGCCAUGGUACCCUGAUUUAUAAAUAAACGAAUAUGUCCAAUAAAUAUCACAGACUACGUGAACGUGAGUUGCUCUGAAAAAGGUAUUCGAUUCAAUUAUUGUAUUGAUAAAGACACUUAGUCA